UUGGUUUAUUAUGGUUUUUUACCCUUUUUCUCCGAAAUUGUUACCAAACCGAAACUAAACCGAUUGCAAUAAACCCAAAAAUAAACCAUCGUUCAUCAGUUCAUCAAUUUGGGUAAACUGUCCCCAAAAUAAUUGAAGAAGAGCCAUGGCCAAGGAGCUUAUUUCUCUCCAAAAUCUCCGACCACCACUUCACUUCUCUCGUCAAUUCCUAAGCUUCUCUUCUCCUUCUUCAACUCUCAAUCUCCGCCCCAAACCACCGCAAAACCCAAUCUUUAUCCGCACCACCUCUCACCGGAACAAAGCUUCCCACGACGACGACGGAAUCCCAGCCGACGAGGUCAAAACCAUCGCCAAAUUCAAAUCACGCCACAACUACAUCAGAGUCAUUGAAGUUUCACGAAAGACCAAUCACCCACUCGCCGGUUCUCGUCUCCUCCUCCUCGACAACCCCGGUAACAUCCACAGCAUCUCUUUCCUUCUCAAAACCUUAACCGAUAGUUACUUCGACGUUUUCGCUACUCUGCCUCCGAUCAUACCUCCAGGACCCAUCGGUAUUCUCGGGUUCGGAGCUGGUUCAACUGCUCGAUUGAUUCUCGAGCUUUACCCUCCUGAAUUCACCGUCCAUGGAUGGGAGCUUGACCCUUCUGUGAUUGACGUCGGUAGAGAGUUCUUUGGUCUCUCUAAGCUCGAAAGGGAUCAUAAAGAUAGGAUUUUUAUCAACAUUGGUGAUGCUUUAGACGCUAGUAUGAGAACCGGGUUCUCGGGUAUUUUAGUUGAUCUGUUUAGUAAAGGGAGUGUGAUCAAAGAGCUUCAAGAUACAAAAGUGUGGGAGGAUUUGAAAACUAGGUUGAGGAAGAGAGGGAGGAUUAUGGUGAAUGUUGGUGGAAAAUGUGUGGAAGCUGAGGAUUCAGAGAGAGAUGGAGGUUUGAUUAUGGAGGAAACGUUGAAGGCCAUGAGUCAGGUUUUUGGUGAUAAGCUCUUUGUGCUAACGCUUGGCAAUGGGAAUGAUAGCUCUGUGGCUUUAACCGGUGAUUUACCUGAUCUUGAUGCGUGGAAGAAGAGAUUGCCGCGUAGUGAACUGAGAAGCUAUGUUGAUAUGUGGAUACCUUAUAGAGAAUUCAGCUUGAGAUAUUAAUCUUUAAUGAUAUUUGGUUAGAAAUCAGUUUAGGUUUUGUGAUGGAUGUUGGAAUCUCGUUGUGGUGAUGCGCCAAGUUAUGAUGAAACUUGAUUAGCUAAUACACAAAAUUUGUUCUGUUUCAGAGAGUGUUACAAACAAGUGUACAAUUUAUUGGCUUGACCAUUGUGUCUUUGGUGUUGAUGAAUCUCAAAAGGCUGUCUACUCUUUCCCGGGGAUUGAGAUUUACUCACUAAUGUUAACUUUUGCAGUUUAUAUAGUCUGGAGGAGAAGAUCUGUAUAGUGGAUAAAAAGCCGCCAUUGAAGCUUUAUCACAAGGCAAAAAGCAUUACAGUCUCAUUUGUUCUUCGACAUCAUCAUUUCGCUUUCGAACGCAAUAAGUAAAUGCAAAAACCAAAACCCCCCAAUAGAAAAAAUCAGUUUCUGUUUAUACUUUUGACAAUUUUUGUUUCAUUAAGAUGAUUAAUGGAUUCAUCUGAAUAAUUUCAUACUAAA